ACGUUACCACCAAUGUUACAAAUGAAAAUAUAAAUAAGGGAGAAAACAACAAAUCAAUGGAUUGUCAUAGCAGAUGUGCAUAUGGUUGAGAAUACAGCGUAUACUAGGGAAAGCAGCGCUAUCUCGUAUGAAGUAGGUGAGUUUCAGUUGUUCUGCUUAUACAUUAAAAGUAGUGUUAUAUACGUUAGUAUUAGUAAUAUAAGAGUAUAGUGUUAUAGUGAACAUCAGGUGGAGUCGAGAAACUGUACAUACAAUUAACAUAGUUUUCCUUAAUACAUUCCAACUACAGUAAAAAGUGUUAUAUCGAAAAAGUCUAGCUGAAAUAUCAAAGAAGCCCCUGUGAAGUUACUGCAUCACGAAUCGGCAGGGGCUAACGAUGUUCGCUAAGAAAAAGAAGAAACCACAAAUAUCUACGCCAACAAAUUUUGAACAUAGAGUACAUACAGGAUUUGAUAAGCGAGAGGGCAAAUUUGUUGGAUUACCAUUACAGUGGGCUUCAAUAGUGGGCAAUAAUCAGAUCCUUAAAUCAACCAAUCGACCAUUACCACUAGUAGAUCCAAGUGAAAUCACACCUACGGAGAUACUUGAUUUGAAAACUAUAGUAAGAGGACAUAAUGACCCUAGAGUUAAAGUAUUAAUAAAUGAUAAGACUACGGAGAAUGGAUUACCCAAGACCAGUACAGUUGCAAGAUCAAAUUCGCUUCGUUCUUCAAGUCCGCCACGACUUAGGAGAGAUUAUAGGCAUAACACUAAUCUUCCGCUCUCUGUACCCGAAGGACAAGAAGUACCCUCAAAUACUAGUCAAAUACAAGGAUUUACAAACUUUGGCAAACCGCAUAGUUACCUUGACAAAAUGCGACAAAAUUCACCAAGCGUUACAUCUUCUGGAUUAAAUCCUAACAUUCAAAAUAUGAUUCCAAAUCUUCAAAAUUUAAAUCCCAAUAUGCAGUCUUCACCAAAUUUAACUCAUACUGGACAAAAUGCUCCUAAUUUAUCUCUUAAUUUUCAAAAUUUAAGUCCAAUUGUUAAUUCGCAAAGCUCCACAUCAAAUCCAACUACUCCGCAAGUUCCAGAGUCGUCUGAGUUUCACAGAUUAAAUUCACAAAUGACAAUUGCAUCUAAUCAAUAUAAUGUGUGUAAUAAUGGCAACGUUCAGAUUCCAAUGAAUGAAGUAUCUACAAGAGAUCAUCAAGUUGCUCAGAAUAUGUUACUGCAGAAAUUGCAACCAAAAAUAUCGCCAGUUGGAUCGAUAGCUUCACAACGACCUCUGAGUCAACUGAGUUCUCAUAAUAUUAAUAAAUAUCCCCAAAAUUAUAAUAUGGGGGAAAAUUCAAGUGCGAUGCAACCCCAUUUGAAAAAACCAAUGGAAACAUCGCAGUCAAUGCAUAACUUAUCAAAAUCAAAUGUUCCUUCGACAGUUGCUGGAACUGCUCCUCCAACUCCAGAUCAAAAUCAAAAUAUGAAGAACGCUUUAUCAUCGGGUAAUUUAACAGUUGGCUCAAGUUCGAAUAGUUCCAAUAAGCAGACUGCUGAACAACGUUUAACUCAUGAACAAUUUCGAGCAGCUUUACAAAUGGUGGUAAGUCGAGGUGAUCCUCGAGAAAAUUUAGAAAGUUUUUUGAAGAUUGGAGAAGGUAGCACAGGAACUGUGUGUAUAGCAACAGAUAAAAGUACAAAUCGUCAAGUUGCAGUUAAAAAGAUGGACUUGAGGAAACAACAAAGGCGAGAAUUGCUUUUUAAUGAAGUUGUUAUCAUGAGGGAUUAUCAUCAUCCUAAUAUAGUUGAGAUGUACGAUAGUUUCUUAGUGGAUGACGAACUUUGGGUAGUGAUGGAAUAUUUAGAAGGUGGCGCAUUAACGGAUAUUGUAACACAUUCGCGCAUGGAUGAGAGUCAAAUUGCGACAGUAUGUUCGCAAUGUCUUAAACCAUUAGCGUAUCUACAUUCACAAGGAGUUAUUCAUAGAGAUAUUAAGUCUGAUUCAAUAUUACUUACGGCAGAUGGAAGAGUUAAAUUAUCUGAUUUUGGUUUUUGUGCUCAAGUCUCCCAAGAAUUACCAAAGAGAAAAUCUCUGGUUGGAACACCCUAUUGGAUGAGUCCUGAAGUUAUUUCAAGACUGCCAUACGGACCUGAAGUAGAUAUUUGGUCAUUAGGGAUAAUGAUCAUUGAAAUGGUCGAUGGUGAGCCACCAUUUUUUAACGAACCACCUUUACAAGCUAUGAGGCGUAUAAGAGAUAUGCCACCUCCAAAAUUGAAAAAUUCUCAUAGAGUAAGUCCACGUCUUCAAGGAUUUCUUGAAAGAAUGCUCGUUCGUGAUCCAGCUCAAAGAGCAACGGCAGCUGAAUUGUUACAACAUCCAUUUCUUAGGCAAGCUCAAAGUCCAAGUAUUUUGAUUCCAUUAAUGAGAGGUGCAAGACAUACAAAUUGUUGAUAGGUGAGAUAAUGAUAUGGUCUUUAUUUCAUGGUUUUAUUCAAUUUUUCAUUAAUGACUGCAAUAAUAGACACUAAAGUGGAGAACAUUGUAAAAUAUACCUGCUGAUUGAUGUUAUGCAGUCAUUAUUGUAUUGUAGAUCAUGUAAAGUUGGAAUAAUGUUUAGACAGUUUAUUCUAAAAAGUUUAAACAUUCCAAUUCAUUCUGAGACGUUUUUCACGCAACCCUUUAUAUAUAUAUAUAUAUAAGUAUACAGUCAUAAUUAUAUUGUAGAUCGUGUAAAGUUUAAUAAUGUUUAGAGAAUUUAUUCUAAGAAGUUUGAACAUUCCAAUUAAUUCUGAGCUUAUACAUAUUAAUUUAUAUAAAAAUAUAUGAACUGUGUUUGCCAAUACUAUUAAUGUUAUAUAAAACCGAAUAUUUCUAAAAGCCAUGUAAUAGUUUUCGAAACAGUUUCUAAAUAGUUACGGAACGAUUUACGAACUUGUAUAUAUCAUUUUAUCCAUAUAAACACACACACAAUCGAUGAUAAUAUUGGACAAAUCGAUAAGAUAUUUAUUUAUAUCUACUUCAUGUAGAAUAAAUAAAAAAAAAGAGUGCCUUGGCUAUAAAAAGAUAU